GGAAGAAAACGGUGCUGGGAAGUGGUAAGGGCUGGGACAGGGACAGGGGAGGGAGGUGGGGGAGCUGGCUGGGAACUGGGGAGUAGGGAAGGCCAAAAGCAGCUGAUGGGCAGGCCCAUGAAUUCCCUGGGCUCCCAGCUCUGCAGGGCAGCAUUCCUGGCCACCAUCCUGCUGCUGCUGCGGGUCAAGGGGGUGAAGCCUCAGAAAGGCAACUUGGACCCCAACGAGAAGAGUCAGAAUGAGGAGAUACCCUCUACAGACCAGGAUCAAGAGUACUUUGAAGAGCACUUUGUGGCCUCCUCAGUGGGUGAAAUGUGGCAGACUGUGGAUAUGACCCAGCAAGAAGAUGACAAGACAUCAGACACGACAGCUCUUCGUGACCACCUAUUGGACCUAGCCUUCUGCUUCAAUCUGGCCAGCAUCAUGGUUUUUUUAUGAGGGACAUUGAGGCUGAGGUGGUGGCCUGGUUCCUGGAUGAGGACCUGGAUAUCUACCUCCGCUUCAUGAUAGCUUACUGACCCUCUCUCCCCAUUGGGCUCCAGGUCACUGCUCUCAAGAGAGGCAUAUGCCUGGCUUCCUGACUCUGGCCUGUGGCGCUUCACUUCAGGAUGCAGCACUUGAGAGAGCCUGGCACUGGCCUUCCAACUACCCAUCGCCACAGCCUGACCACCUCCCCACUCUCUGAGCUCCAUCUCCCAGAGCCUGAGACACCAGACCCAUGCCCUUCUCUCUCCCGCACCUCUCCUGAUUCUGCUUGGGACAGCACAUUAGGGGAAGAGGGUAGCAACAAUAAAAGUAAUAACAAUAAAAUCCU